CUAUUUUCCAACGCUCCCUACUCCAACACUGCAUUUUCCACAUGGGUGAUGUCAAAAUAAAGUCAUCACUGAAUACCUGAUAUCCGAUACUGUACGAUGAUCAUCGACGAUCAGUAUUUAUGAAUGAGGGGGCCUGCCGAGAAUUUCACAGUCUAAACUAGGCAGCAUGGCCGCAACAUCGUAAUAGCGGACCAAGCCGACAUUAUACCGAAGCAGUAUUCGCUUUUUAAUUUCCAGCGGUAUAUGUAAAUUGAAACAUAAUGCCGUUACUACUCGACCUCCCCAUCGAACUCCUCGACCGAAUCGUCGAAGAGACUAUACCUGAAGAUUUUGAGGCGGUCGCACUAUCCUGCAAACUCUUGUAUUCUGUGAGCACGCACUUCCUGAAGAAAUAUAAUCCACGCAGGAAGCGUUUUCGGAAUUUUGCUUUCUCGCGAAAAGUCAACCGCAGUAAGGCCGGCUGGGAUCAUGUGAGUAAUGACACGGGCUUUGUUGUUCCUGACUCGAGGGAGCUGUUGGAAAGGAUCGCGGCGGAGCCUGAAUUGGUCAGGUACAUUCGGGCAAUUGAUCUCAAAUGGCCGGAGGAGGAGGAGGAGGAAGGCUACAGUGACGGUUCAAACGGUGAAGAGAAUGAGAGAAAUGAUGAGAGUCCAGCCGAGCCUGAUGAGCGAGUACCGCUAUCCGAUACUCUCAAGCAACUAGUUUAUACCUACCCUUUGCUACAAGAAUUCGACCAAGACCUGGAGGACUGGAUACACGCAAUUGAAUUAGCGACACACCCAGCAGAUGAAGAUGAAGCCGAGGUCUACGCAGAAUGUCUUCUGCUAACCAUGCUAUCGAAUCUACAAAAGAUUUCUUUACCCAGAAUCUGGGGACACAAGAUGGACCCUGAAGAUAGUAGGGACUCGCCCGGGGUCAAAGCCCUCGAGCCUAUAUUGAAGUACCUUGUACACCGUGCGAACAACCCAGAGCAAUUCCCAGACAGCCCAUUAUCGAAACUCAAAAUUGUCAAUCUGACCACCGGAAUUGGGUACGAGGAGAAAUAUGCUUUGACGGCAUUUACAUCAUUCCUAGCUAUCAAUUCCGUGUCCGAGGUAUGCCUAAGCAACUGCAUUUUCAAAGACGAUGGAUACACUGGCUCCACUUUUCAACCCCUGUUCAAUAGUUACAGCCAUAAUUUGCGGAAAUUAGAAUUAAUGGCGAGUGUUGCGGGGCCAUCAGAACUUUCAGAACUACUUUUGCGGAUUCCUAAUCUUCAAAUUUUCCACUUUGCACAUGAAACUAAAUGGCACGGGUGCGGACAUGACUGGAAUGUCGGUGCGUUUUUCGCUACCGUGCAGGAGCACUGUGCAGAGACACUACAGGAGCUGUCUGUGUGUAUCAUUGAGCAGUAUGGUGGACAGGGCACGACCUUAUACGAUAUGACCCGUUUUCAGAAACUGUCGCUACUAGAUAUGGAAAUUCGGAUGCUCUGCGGCCCGGCUUAUAACCCAUCACUCAGACAUGACGAGGAGGAGGAUUUGCCGAAAAGAUCUAGCUGGCCGAGACUAGUAGAAAUGUUGCCAGCAUCGAUUAAAAAACUCAAUCUAUAUCUAAACGACUUCAAGGACGAGAAGCCCGAUUGCCUUAGUCAUAUAUUCCAAGGUUUCAAAGAAAACCGCGAGGCGAAUCUUCCGCAUCUGCAGGAGGUAACCCUUUUCUCGCCCAUUGUUAAACAGCCAAAACCCCCUGCAAAUGUCAGAAGAGCUCUCCAGGCUGUGGGCGAUAGCGGUGUUUCUAUAGUAGAAACUCAGAAUCGGUGGCCGUCUUGGGUGGAUGACUUUUUUGAUCGCCACGGUUUUGACGGAGUUGGUGAAUAGUACUAAUCUUCUAUCGGAUAAAAUUUAAAUUGAAGUUGAC